AACGCGGAAAUUUGAUAACGACAAGACGUGCGGUACAGAAGGUGCCGACGUUUACCCGUCGCUUCGUUCACUCUUUUCGUUUAAAAAAGUCGUACCUCGUAUGAAUAUAUCAUGUGCGCAGUGUUCUUUUACUUCCUAAAUAUCAGAACAUUCCCGUCGACGAUACUAUUGAAACCGUAGAAAAAAAUAUAUACAUUUACCGUUCGCACGUUGACCGAUAUUGCAAAUCUGUCAAAAACUGGAACCCUAAAAAUGACAUUUAUACGGUUGCUAUUAGUGGUUCCAAUAUUUUCAGGUUAUCUGUUUUGGCUUUAUUACCUUAUUCAAAAUGUUCCAGUAAUAGAAAACCAAUGCAGUAUUGAAUUUGCAAUACCUAAGACUUUAACUGAAAUCAUUGCUCUAAAUUCUUGUUUAAAACAAUACCUCAACAGUAAUUACCUUUACAUACUUGUCUUGUUUAGUAGCGUUUAUAUUUUCAAACAAACAUUUUGCAUUCCAGGAUCUAUUAUACUGAAUGUAAUGGCUGGAUCAUUGUUUGGUUCCAGUAUAGGAUUUCUAUUAGUAUGUACACUUUCAAGCAUUGGUGUUUCAGCAUGUUACCUUCUAUCUAAACUAUGUGCUAUCGAGACAGUAAUAAUGAACUAUUUACCAAGUCAGUUAACUUCAUCUAAAACUACUCUAGAAAAUUUAGUAGAAAAAAAUAGGGAUCAACUAUGGUAUUUACUUUUGGUCUUGCGUGUCAUUCCGGUCACACCAAACUGGUUGUUAAACCUAAUUGCUCCAAUUGUCAAAAUUCCUCUUUUUACUUUCACUUAUACGACAUUUUUCGGAUUAAUGCCAUACAAUUAUAUAUGCUGCCAGAGUGGUCAAACAUUAUCAAGUAUUAAUUCAUUGGAAGAAAUUUUUACUUUAAAAACUACCAUGCAAUUAAUGUCCAUUGCUGUAGCUCUAGUGAUUAUAAAAAUUGCCUCAAGGUUUUGUAAAAUAAAGACCUAAUUAUUUUUAUUGUGAUUUAUUUUUAA